AAUGUCGAUAUAGAUAGCUAAUUUACCAGAGUUUAGUUAUAAAUCAAUUCCAAAGAGAUCAUUAGAUCUUGAGAACUUCUUUAAGGAAUUCGAAAUGAAGUAAUUCUUAGAAGAAUGUAAUUACUCACAAUAAGAAUUAUAUGUUGAAUGCCGAAAAAUGAGAUAAUUUCAAUAGAAAAGAAAAUUGAAACUAAACAAAUAUAUAAAUAGCUAUCUAGAAGCACCUUCAAUAAUUAGUCCUGUAUAAUUAUUGCUUUGAA